UCAGUGGCGUUCCGCCUGACGGCUCUGGAUUACUGUUGCGCGCCAUGAUGCUGGUGCAUAUUGUCAGUUUAUUGUUACUAUUAGAUGAGGGCGUCCACGCCACGGGAGCAGCCCAGUUCGCCGUCUCGUCGUCGGGGUGGCGGGAGCCCCUGGACUGCGUGCGUGCCUCGGAGCUGUGCAACCAGAACGGCCAGUGCAGCUCGCGCUUCCGCAUCAUGCGCCAGUGCCUGUCGGGCGGCGACAAGGAGCGCAGCACCAUGCUGGCCUCCAAGGAGUGCCAGGGCGCCCUGGAGGUGCUGCAGGACUCGCCGCUCUACGACUGCCGCUGCAAGCGGGGCAUGAAGAAGGAACUGCAGUGCCUGCAGAACUACUGGAGCAUCCACAUGGGGCUCAGUGAGGGGGAGGAGUUCUACGAGAUGUCUCCCUACGAGCCAAUCCACUUCUCUGAGGAAUUUAGACACGCCUCAAUCAUCUCAGACUCCUCGUUGGCGAGGGUGGGCCCGUGCGCCGACGCGGCGCAGCCCUGCAACCCGUGUCUGGACGCCGCCAAGGCGUGCAACCUCAACGACACGUGCAAGCGCCAGCGCUCCGCCUACAUCGCCAUCUGCACCAAGGCCACUCCCCCGCAGCUCGCCCUGGCCAAUCAGGAGCCUUGCAGUCGGAAGCGAUGUCAGAAGGCCCUGCGGCAGUUCUUGGAGCGCGUGUCCUGGGAGUUCAGCUACCCCCUGCUGUUCUGCUCCUGCCGGGACCAGGCGUGCGCCGAGCGCCGCAGACAGACCAUCGUCCCGGCCUGCUCCCACCAGGAGAGGCACAAGCCCACCUGCACCGAGCUGCGGCGCACCUGCAGGUCCGACGCCCUGUGCAGGUCCAGACUGGCUGACUACCACAUGAACUGCCAGGUGACUCCUCACACCGUGACGGGGUGCCCGCAGGAUAACUACCAUGGCUGCCUCAUGGCCUAUGUUGGCCUCAUUGGCUCCGACGUGACGCCCAACUACAGCGACAACAGCCCCACCAACAUCACCAUCAGCCUCUGGUGCACCUGCAGAGGCACGGGCAAUCAUGAGCGCGACUGUGAUGCCUUCCAUCGGGACUUCACACAUAACUCCUGCCUCAGAAACGCAAUACGCGCGUUUGGCUAUGGCUCGGAGGCACCACUUACUGUCACGGACCCUGCCCACGUUCCUAUCCCCCCAGCCCAGCCGCCAAUCCUCGCCAAGCCUGGCCCUUCUCUCCAUGGCAACGCGCUCCAACCAAUAGACAGCGCUUGCAUGUUCUCCACUUGUGCUAACUUGCAGGACAGUGGACGGAAAUGCAUUCCCUCCGACGACUUUGACUGCGAGGAGGGCUCCAUAGAGUCUCGGAACCGGGACGAGGCGGAGAGCGGCGGCGGCGGCGACCAAUCACAGCGCAGCCUCUGUGUCACGGUGGGCGUAUCCAUCCUGGCCGAGUUCCUGCUCAGGGUCCUGUACUGAGAGGAUCACGACCGCAGUUAGAACAAACAUACAACAAAAACAACAACAACAUCCACCACACCAACCAAACCAAAACCACCGUCACCACACCAACAACAAACAAACAAACCGACCGACACACACAAACCAAGAAACAAACACAGAUUUAUCGUGGGACCCCGGCUGGAUUGCGGCAAGAGCUGACUUCGCGCCCCUCAGGAUGUCUUGUGACAUCAUAUCCUCCACUGCCUGAAGAAAGAGGUCGACGCACCAAACACACAAACAAAGACUGGGAACUGUACUGCCGGGAUGGGUUUUUCCUCCGGCAGUGGACAGAGACAUCGUAACAGAAGACUAAGACUACGGACUGCUUGUGUGUGUUUGUGUGUCUGUGUGUUCGAAAGUGCACGCGCACGUGCGAGUGCACAUGCACAUGAAGGGUAAAUAAAGGACACCGGAGAGAGAUGUCUUUGUCACACAGCUGUGACACAGGGUUUCCGCAGUGCAGGGUCUGAAGCGAUUGUUUGCUCUGCGCGACUCCAUUUAGGCUGUGUUUCCCCCACGGCGCGUUGAUCUUUUUAUUUGUAUUGUGUUUUUCCUUCGGUCGUAUUCAGAUGCACCACAGACACUGCGAUGCGGUGACAUGAUGGUGUGCCUGCGAACAAGCAAGCCUCCCCGAUCAGCAGAUCACCUCUGUAGCAGUGUGGCAAGCCAGAUAGCUGGGGAGGAGAGCAGACAGAGUUGGUGGUGAUGGGGGCAGACAGACAGGCAGACAGACAGACAGAGGUAGACAGACGGAUAGACCGAUGGAUGGAUCACAGAGCUACUCAAAUUCACUUAGUUCUGAAUCAUUUGGCUAACACUCGUUCUCUCUCUCUCUUGCUCACUCUCUCUCUCUCUGUUGCUGUAGUCACAAAUUAGGUACAGUGCACACACUAAGAACAUGCACACACAAACAGAUACAUACACAGACAUACGUGCAUAGAAAUCUCCUUUUGGAUCUGGUUGGUAGACAGGGUUUCCUGCACCACAUGCUUUUCUCUAGUGGGCUCUUUUGCUGGUCAUCGACUCCUCCAUUUUGUUGUAAACAUAUUGUACAAAAUGUGUUUUUGUGAAGUAUGAAGAAACAUGUAAAUCUAAUGUAAUUUAAAUGGAGAGUGUAUAUUUCGCACAACAGUCAUUUACGUGGGCUUGGUAGUGUGUGUGUUAAACGUGUGUGUGUGUGUGUGUGUGUGUGUGUGUUUGUGUGCAGGCAAGA